AAAAUCCCAAAAUUCAAUUCCAGUUCAUUUUCUCCUUUCCCUUUUCAAAUAAUUCCCUAUUGUCGUUUCCUCCUCCUUUCUCCCUCCUUUUUUUUUUUAAUUUGUCCACCAUUUCUCCUGUCCCGUUUCCUCACUCUCAUCCGCGUCUCCGUUGCCCACUUACCUCCACCCAAAUAAAGCUACCACCACUUUCUCUCUCCUCAUCUUCAUUCAUUCAUUUAUUUAUUCUGCUCCGUGUUUUGAUCCUCUUGCUCAGUCGAACGACGCGUUUUUUCAUGAAUUAUUCAACGUUAAAGGAAUUUUCCGGCGGUGGCGGUGGUUGCUGUUGAAUUUUGCUUUUGACUUUUUUUUUAUUGGGAAGCGAACUUUAAAAUGAGAGGCUACGCGAGGCAUGAAUUACGGCGGUGGGGCUCCGACAACAUUCGGACGCCGGCGAUGGCCAUGAGUACCGGAUCUUCGCCGGGGAGUGACUUCACUACGUCGGGAUAUUCUACUCCGCGUUCUACAGCUACAGCUGAGGAGUUUGUGGAAGUUACUCUUGAUAUUGAGGAUGACGAGACUAUUAUUCUCCGCAGUGUUGAACCGGCAGCGACACCUCCGCCGCCGUCAACGAUGAAUGCAGAGUCGUCAUCAUCACGUGCGCCGAAUUCCCUGGCGUCAAUGGCUGGAAUGGAGAUCCCGACGGCGUCAACGUCUAGAACGCCGGCGAUUCGGCGAACGACGUCGUCGAGCAGCCGUAUACGGCAGUUCUCUCAAGAGCUGAAGGCGGAGAUCAGUAAGGCGAAGCAGUCGUUCUCAGCGCAGUUGACGAAGCGCUUCUCUGGAAAGUUCUUGAACUACUCGCCGUCCAUGAAAGGGUCUGACGCAGUGGUUGACCCGGCGAUUGCGGCAAGGAAUCGUCGGAAACAGCUGGCACAACUCAAUCGAACUCGGUCUGGCGCGCACAGAGCUCUCAAGGGGCUUAGAUUUAUCAGCAAUAAAGGAAGUGCAAGCUGUAGUGAGGUUGAGUCCAAUUUCGAGAAAUUGGCCAAAGAUGGAUUUCUUUAUCGUACUGAUUUUGCUAAAUGCAUUGGGAUGGAGAAAUCGGAGGAAUUCGCGCUUGAAAUGUUUGACGCUUUGAGCAGGAGGAGGAGGUUGAAGGUGGAGAAGAUAAGCAAGGAUGAAUUGUAUGAGUAUUGGUCUCAGAUUACAGAUCAGAGCUUCGAUUCUCGGCUCCAGAUCUUCUUCGACAUGGUGGAUAAGAAUGAAGAUGGCCAACUGACUGAGGAAGAGGUUAAAGAGAUCAUAAUGUUGAGUGCAUCAGCAAAUAAGUUGUCAAGAUUAAAAGAACAAGCUGAGGAAUAUGCAGCUUUAAUCAUGGAAGAACUGGAUCCAGAAGGGCUUGGCUAUAUUGAGUUAUGGCAAUUGGAGACACUUUUGUUGCAAAAAGACACGUACUUGAGCUACAGUCAGGCACUCAGUUAUACAAGCCAAGCCUUGAGCCAAAAUUUACAAGGACUUAGAUAUAAGACCCCAAUGCAAAAGAUGAGAACAAAUAUGUUCUAUUUUGUACAAGAUAAUUGGAAGAGGAUUUGGGUUCUAAGUGUCUGGAUUUUGUUAAUGACCGGAUUGUUCAUAUGGAAGUUCUUACAAUACAGAAACAAAGCCGCAUUUCAAGUUAUGGGUUACUGCCUUACCACAGCAAAAGGUGCAGCCGAAACCUUAAAGCUUAACAUGGCUUUGAUACUGUUUCCCGUAUGUAGAAACACCAUAACUUGGCUUAGGUCUACUAGGCUGGCUUAUACAGUGCCGUUUGACGACAAUAUCAACUUUCAUAAGACAAUUGCUGCUUCUAUUGUGCUUGGUAUCAUCCUUCACGUUGGAAACCAUCUUGCAUGUGAUUUUGUAAGACUGGAAAGGUCAUCACCACAAGACUAUGCUCUCUACUUGAUUGACUUUGGUAAAACAAAACCCACAUAUGGAGAUUUAGUGCGGGGUGUUGAGGGUAUAACAGGGAUCCUAAUGGUUGUUUUGAUGGCAAUUGCUUUCACUCUGGCUACUCGAUAUUUUAGACGUGGUGAUAUUAAGUUGCCUAAACCUUUUGAUAGACUCACAGGAUAUAAUGCCUUCUGGUAUUCACACCACCUUCUGAUCAUCGUGUAUAUUUGUUUGAUCAUCCACGGAAUUCAGCUUUAUCUUGUCCAUAAAUGGUACAAAAAGACGACAUGGAUGUAUCUUGCUGUUCCAGUUUUGUUGUAUGCCGGUGAAAGGACUUUGAGGUUCUUUCGAUCUGGAUUAUACCCUGUCCGCCUUUUGAAGGUAGCAAUUUAUCCUGGCAAUGUUCUCACACUGCAAAUGACAAAGCCACCUCAAUUUCGGUACAAGAGUGGACAGUACAUGUUUGUGCAGUGUCCUGCUGUUUCCCCUUUCGAAUGGCACCCGUUUUCAAUUACUUCUGCUCCUGGAGAUGAUUUCCUCAGUAUCCAUAUCCGGAAGCUUGGUGACUGGACAGAGGAACUACAGAGGAUUUUUAAAGCUGCUUGUGAGACUCCUAUACCUGGGAGAAGUGGCCUUCUUAGAGCAGAUGAAACUACAAAGAAAAGUUUGCCAAAGCUGCUGAUAGACGGGCCCUACGGAGCUCCAGCACAAGAUUACCGUAAAUAUGACGUUCUUCUCCUUGUUGGUCUUGGUAUUGGAGCAACACCAUUCAUUAGUAUCCUAAAGGAUCUGCUCAACAACACAGUCAAAAAGGAGGAGGAUGAAGAAAAGGCUGCUGAUCUUUACCCCGUACCAGAUCUCAGUGAAGGCUCCCCAAAGCAAAAGAAACCCUUCAGGACCACAAAUGCCUACUUCUAUUGGGUGACUAGGGAGCAAGGCUCAUUUGAUUGGUUCAAAGGAGUCAUGAAUGAAGUUGCUGAGCUAGAUCAGAGGGGUGUGAUUGAGAUGCACAAUUACUUGACCAGUGUAUACGAGGAAGGAGAUGCACGCUCAGCGCUAAUCACUAUGGUUGCAGCACUCAACCAUGCCAAGAAUGGGGUAGAUAUUGUUUCUGGCACCAAGGUCCGUACACAUUUUGCGAAACCAAAUUGGAAAAAGGUUCUAUCUAAGAUAGGUUCCAAGCAUGCAAACGCUAGAAUAGGUGUUUUCUACUGUGGUGCACCAGUAUUGGCCAAAGAACUGAAGGUACUCUGCAAUGAGUAUAAUCAAAGAGGUACAACUAAAUUUGAAUUCCACAAGGAACACUUCUAAGAAGUCUCCAAAGGUAUUACCUUCCACUUCUUCAGCAACCGGAAAAAGGGCAAUUUGACACGCCUCAUUCAGAACAUACAUAUACUUUUUUUUAUUAUUAUUCUUUUCUAAAUUAUAUGAAGUAGAUACAAAGGAAGAACAGGAAAAUUCGAGGAGGCAAAAAUAACAGUGAAGAUAGAAAAUAAUGUACAGUCUUGCAUAGGAAUGAAAAUAUAGGGGAAGAAGCUUUCUAUUUUUCUUUUUUGAAGAUUUUUAUAUAUGAUAUUGUCAAGCACAACCAGCCAACAUAGGGAAAUAUUGCAUUGGUGUGGUGACAUGGCUUGGAAAGCAGACAUGUAAAUAAUUCAUGUGGGCAGGUGAAUGGAAUUUUGAAGCUUCUGUGAGAGACCGGCGAAACAGCUACACAAAAUUGCUCUAGUAAAUUGGUAAUAUAGCUAUUCCAUUACUUGUAGAAAAGAGCUAUGUUAUCUGGGUGUAAACAAGUCACAGUUUUGAAGAAAAGGAUAAUUGAAUGGAUCAUAAUUGUGGGUUUAUGCCACUUUUUGUACUCCUACCAUUCUGUUUCAUCUUCUUUCUUCCAUGAUUAAUUAAGACUUAUGAGCUCCCACGUAAUGUCUCUGAGUACUAAUUUAGCGAGUUAACUGUGUGAAUGGUACAAGCAAGAUGUAUUUAAUAAUACUCCUGAUUUAUUUUGAGUUUUAUCUGGUCUUCUGUUA